AUGGAUCAAAUAAACGAUGAAGACUAUGCUGCUAGCUUGACUAAGCAAAUGGAUACCACCAUAUCCAACUUGAUCAAAAAGCGAGAUGCAUUACAAACAAAAAUCCAGGAAUAUCACGAUGUUAAACUGGCAAUUCAAAGCUCCAACAAAGAACCACUUUUGAUCCUGUUGGGAGCAGGUUAUUUCACGGAGAUGUCCAAACCGGAAGCAAUAGUUCAUCUCGAAGGUACCAUAUCGCGAAUGAAUGGCGCAAUUUCUGAAAUAUCUAGUAAUAUCAACCACGCAACUGAUACAAAAAAGAAGUUUUUACUUUUCAAUGAUUUCAUUAAACAAAAUGGAUCCCAGGGGAAGGAAGAAGAAGAAGAAGAAAAGUUGAACGAGGAAGGAUUACCGUUUAUGGAUAUUCAAGAGGAGAUAGAUGAAGAUGGAAAUGUCAUCAAUGUGAAGAUCAAUGAUACUCCUGUGGAUAAGCCGGUUGAUUCAGGGGAGAAGUUGAAUGAAGAAGGAUUACCAUUCAUGGACAUACAAGAAGAAAUCGAUGAUGAUGGAAAUGUUAUAAGUGUCAAGAUUAAUGAUGCUCCUGUUGAUAAACCUAUCUUGUCGAGUAAGCAGCAGGAAAAAAAUACAAGCCAAACCAUUGCAGGAACAAGCUAUAUCGAGGAAAAGAUAGAAGAUGUUGCCGCCCCAAGUGUCUCCAAUAAAGAUAAUACGGAAAGUGAAGAAACAACCGGGGAAUCUUCUGUUGAUCAGAUUCAAGAAUUAAUGGAAGAUAUGGGAUUAACCACUAAAUCAGAAAAGCAAAUGAUAGAUCAAGACGCACUUCUUGACAAGAUCGAUGAAUUGGAAAUUGAAACAGAUCACAAAUUUCAUUUGAAACAAAUUGUACUUGAAGAAUACAAAAAAUUGCAAGAUAGCCAAGAGUCUGAACAACCACAAGACAACCAAAACUACGAGCAACCGCAAGAUAAAUCCUUGGCCAUUGACAAGUAUGACGAUUUAAUUCAAUUGGAAAUAGUUGCUGAUGAUUUAAACGACGAGCAAGAUGUUAGUUAUGCCGAUGAUGAAGAAUGGGAUUUUGAAUUUGACGAAGACGAAGAUGAUGACGAUUUGGCAGAUGAGUUAUUAUAUGGAAAUCAUCCAAGCAGUGUCUUGGGAGCUUCUGCUUCUGAAAAAACCAAUGCAUUAUUAUGGGAACAAAUCAGAAAAUUAAGAGAAAAAGGCGAUGAAAAGGAAGAACCAAAGAAGAAGAAAUCAGUUAGAUUUGCUGAAACUUUAGAAAUCAAUGAGAUUGAAAACAUUAGUGAAAGUUUGAAGAAUCCCCCUCCACCUGAACCUAAGAUGUCAUUAUUCAAGCAGAAUAGAAUAGUACAUAAACAGGUUGAGGAAAAAAGUGAAACUGAAGAACCAGUAACUAAUGAUCAAAAGAAAGCAAAUAUAAUUCCGAUUCCAACUGUAGAGUCAAUUUCUACUAACCCACCCAGUAACACGUCAGUUAAGGAACAAGUAGUGGAGAAUACAAUUAUGGAAAAUACCAUUGUUGAGCAUGGCAUAGAAACAAAAAGCGAAAUUGUAUCAAAUGACAUAGUUGAGUACGAAACUGAUGAACUGUUUGUUGAGGUUCCCAAAGCCAAACCAAUUUCCAAGUUCAAAGCUGCAAGAUUAGGUAAGACCACAAAUACUUCCACCAAAACUGUACCUAGAGAUGAAGCAGCCAAGAUUCCCAUUCCCACUGUUGAAUCAACCAGUAAACCCGAAGAAACAACAACAAAUGAGCCAAUAGCAGAUGAUUCUACUGAGAUUGAAAUCAAAGAAACUCAAUUAGACUAUAGUUCCUUAAAUCAAGAUAUGGAUACCAUGGCCAAAGCAUAUAUCUUGGGUAUGUAUGACGACGACAUUGCAACUGAGGGUCCUGUAGUUGAUCAACUUGAAGAUUUUGAAAUCUUGAAUCAAAUGAUUGAAUCCAUGCCUUCGAAGGAACCUGCCAAGAAGAAGAAAGUGGAAAGGAGUAUCAAUUCAGAUAUGCAGUUUGAUGAAACUUUGGAUGAAAUUGGUAUGAAUGAAAUUGAUUCUGCUGAAGAAGAAGAAGAAGAGUAUUUCGAAGAGGUAGACGAUGGUCCUAUUCUCGCGGAGGAUAUAGUUGAGAAGGAAAUUGAUUCUGCUGAUUUUGAUGACAAUGAAAUUUUAACUCUGGAAAUUAAUGAAAAUUAUCACAAAUUGAGAAAUAAGUUGAUUCUUGAUCAGAAUGGGUUCAAGAAAACUCAGCAGGAAUUAGAAAUCGAGCCGGUGGAUGAAGAAGGGAACCCGAUAAAAAUCAGCAGAUUCCGAGCUGCUAGAAUGAGAGGAGGCAUAAAUGGGUUAAAAUAGGAACCAUAUAGAGAAAUAUUAGCAUAUUAUCGUGUGUAACGUUGUAGACAUUGCAGCCAACCGAGGUUCAACAAUCAGCUCUGUAGUAUAGAUGACAAUGAAAGAAAUGAUUCCAUUUUUGACUUUCCCCGUAAAAAUCGACCGAUAGUCGAUGUUCCUACUCGGCUAUGUCAGUUACGUCUUUGUUCUCAUGUAAAAUAAAUGAUUUUGUGGGGUACUUCAAGGCGAAUAGGGGGUGAACAUGAAACGAUAAAAAUGUCUUAUACCGGUGUUUAUUUCAAGUUGCUAGUGAAAUAAUUACAAACACGCAAUUCUGAACCCCCACAAUUUGGGCUUGGCACAUAUAGACACACUUCAAAAAUAUGACAUACAAUGGCCCAGAUUUUGUACCCCAGAUAUUCCAGUGUGUUACUUGCAAGACAUUUUUGAAUAGCCGGGGGUAAACCCGAGAACAUAAUGAAAUUUUUUUUUUUUCGAUGUAUAUGGCUUCAUCUGAACUCCGAAGAAAAUAAAUUUCGGAGUAUGGAGAGAGGGUCUUUGGGAUGGACUUUGAACAGUUCUUGGUAUGUUUGCCCAGAUAUAACGUGUUAGAUCAAUUGGGGUGAAGUCCGUUGUAUUCGAUAGUAUGAAUUUGCAAUUUCAUUAAUAUGAAACAGAAAUGUAGGGUGAAAUUUUCACACCAGUACUAGUCUAAAACUCUCCGAGCUAUUUGUUUCACGCUUGACCAAUAAUAACGAACCUAUUAAUCUGACGACAUUCUGGGGUGCAUGCGUAAAAUCUCAAACCGUUCUGCAAAUCUUAUCAUGCUAUUAUCGGUGAUAAAAAGCCUCAAAGUAAACAAGUGAAUAUUUUUAUUUUUAAACAUUGAUUUUUAUUAUCCGGGGAAAUUUGCCCAAAAAAAUUCCAAAAAAAAAACUCCAGCGUGUUAUGUAAUUUCAUAGACUCAUAACAAGUGUAAUUGUGGUUGCAAGUCCUGUGAGGUAAUUAUAACUGAGGUAAACAUGCGGGAUUUGGCCAUAUCCCAUUGUAUAUACCUAAUAACUUAUGCUAGGUAUGAAUGGAUCAGCCGGAUCAAUUAUCUGACGUGACUUGACCAAUACCCCGCUAUUCUGCCCCACGUACUCUAACUGAAAAAAAAAGAAAAAAAACAGAAACAUGCAGCAAAACCAUUAAGGAGACUGUGAUAGCGAGCAAAUUUUGUUUUUUGACAAUUGACGUUCUAUUCCCGUUUUUAUAUAGCCACAUAUAUAGAUGAUGUAGCCAAUGCCACGGCACUAGCGAACUAACACAAACAUGUUGGAUCUGAAGCUAAAUUAAUACUGUCCGAGUCCGGGAAUUAAAACCAAAAAAAACCUUGCAAUAUUGCUAAGCGCUGGGAAUCAGUUUACCGUGGAAAAAUAAAAAAAAAAAACCAGAAAUUUCUCUAUGAUUUACGGAAAAAUGCGACCACCCCUAAAGCAUAAAAACUUAAAAUUCUGGAAACAAACUUCGAAGUUAUGCCAAUUUAUAGUUGAAACCUUCGUACAAUUUACGUUCCAGCGGCUGUUACACUUGUAAUGCAGGUGUACAAUGGAAAUUCGCCUCUAAAUACAAAAGAGGGGAUUUGCUGGAUGAUUUGUUGGCAGGUAUGAAAUAGUGACUUUUUUUGUUGAGGACCAAAAAAAAAAAAAAUAAUAGGAAAGUUAAUAUGCACUACCGUUUGG